AUGGCAUCCGCCGCCGCUACCUCCCGUGGCGCGAUGCGCCGCCUCAUGAAAGAACUCGACACCUGGACCAACGUCGAGUCCCUGACUGAGGAGGGCAUCGAGAGGCUGGGCCCCGUAAACGACGACGAGCUGUUGGAGUGGGAAGCCGUUAUUAAUGGAAAAGGGGUUGGGUACGGUUAUGAUAACGGCCGCUGGCUCCUCCGCAUCACCAUCCCUCCGACCUACCCUCUGCACCCACCGACCAUCAAGUUCGUGACGCCCAUCGUGCACGCCAAUGUUAACUUGCAGACGGGCGAGAUCUGUCUCGACCUGCUCAAGGACGCGUGGACGCCGGCUUAUAGCAUACUCGAGUGUGUACGCGCCAUCCGGAUGCUGUUGUCGACACCCGGGAUCGACUCGCCUUUGAAUGUGGACGUUGCGGCGCUGUUGCGGGAUGGGGAUACUAUUGCUGCCAGGAGGCUGGUUGAGUUGUGGGUGGAUGAGGAGAGGUAUGAGGGGAAGUAA